AUGGAAGAACCAUGGAAGCAGCCUACUAGAACAUCUUCUCUGCAAAAGCCACCACAGUAUGACAGAGAGUCAUUUAUUGAUCCUGCUAGUCAACCUGGUUAUGUUGCUCGAGAGACAUUUAUCGAACCCAAUAAAUCAACAGCACUGGUCGUCAACACAGUAGCCGUUCAUGAAGACAUCCAUCGUCUCAAUGGUCCCACCACAUACAACCUCAAUUCACCUGUACCCAACAUGGACUAUUUCCACCAACGGCAGCACAAAGACCACACCCAUGAUCCUGAAAUCAGAACUGUCAAUCCACCCAAGUUUGUCAAGUCCAACGUACAGCAUAUUGUAAACUCACCUGUCCAAGUCAAACAGUCCUGUUACCUUGACACCCCCAAGCCCUCUGUGGCUGUGAUUGAACAAGUUCAGCAUAAUGGGUUUUCAUUACAGCCCGUACCACCUAAUAAAAAAGUAAAUCCUUCUCCUAUUAUGGUAUCACCCAGCACUUCGCAUACCAGACUCCCUAAACCACCAUUGACACCUUUAGUGAUUCCUCCAACACCCGUUCGGUCCUCUUCUUCUCCUCAACAUCAAAUGAUGUCGGCGCCUAGUCGUACGUCCUCCAUGCAAAACGGUACUUAUGAAUUAAUCGCCAGUACGCCUGGAGGAUUAUGUACACCUGGUUCUUCCCGUAGUGCUAAUUCACCUCAUGGAGGACUAUCACCUUAUACACCCAGCACGCCUUCACCAGCUCACGGAUACCCCAUAUUACCUUCACCCCUUGGUCAGCCUCAAGAGACACUAGAUGGUUAUGAACAUGGCAUGAAAAAGGCUGUUGCCACAGCUAAAAAGCAUGCUUCCUUGUUGCCCGAGACUAAAGCAGAGCAGUUGGUGCAUCAAGGCAUCAAGUUUCAUGAAGCAGGCAGGUUGGAAGAAGCUACUGAGAUGUUUAAGCAAGCAUCUCAUUUGAAUCUACCUAUCGCCAUGUUUCUUUACGGUGUUUCGCUUCGUCAUGGAUGGGGCUGCAAAAAGAGUGAACAUCUUGCAUUUCAAUACCUACAGAAAGCAGCAGAGCAUGCUGUUGAAGAUCUCAGCCAUUUCUCCACUGCUAUGAAAGCUUCUGCAGCCAAGAGUGAAUUAAUCAUGGCUAUCUAUGAAUUGGGUGUCUCUUUCCGUCAUGGUUGGGGUUGUAAAAAGAACAAAGAAACAGCUGUAUAUUACUUUAAGGUUGCUGCUGAUCUGAAUGAUCCUGAUGCUCAGAAUGAUCUUGGCCAUUGCUAUUAUCAUGGCCAUGGUGUCAAAAAGGACUUGUGUAUGGCAGCCAAAUAUUAUAGAUUAGCAGACAAACAAGGUCAUGGUAUCAUGGGAAACUCUUGGAUUUGGAAAUCAAAAUAUGAUAAAUAA